AUGGGUAGCGGACCUUCCAAGGAGAGCUCCAAGAAGCACUCCAAGCAUUCUUCUUCCCGACACGGCUCUUCGUCCAAGCAUCACUCUUCGUCCAGGCACGGCUCUUCGUCCAAGCAUGGAUCUUCAUCCAAGCACCACUAUUCGUCUAAGCACGGCUCCUCAUCCAAGUCCAAAUGCUGCAAAGGCAGUAAAUGCAGGGAUUCGCCACAGGAUGCGCAACGGAAGGCCGUGCAAGCUCUACGAUUCGACCUUUUGAAAAACUUGUCCGAUCAAGAAUUUGCCCUCGAGAACCACCCUGCCUGGCAAACGCUGACCAAGGAUCAACAGGUCAAGUGCCAACAGCUACAGGCAAGCUUCCACACUGUCACUGACGAACAGUUAAGCAAGUGGGUUGAGGAGUGGCAGCGCGAUGUUCCCGAGAAUAUGGACUAUGGAUACAACGUCGAAGAGGAUUCGCUUUACCCCCAAGAAGAACAGUCUUCUGAGAAUCUUCUUGGUAUUUUCCAGAAUGAGCGCAACAAUGCAAAAUAUAAGGACAUGCGUGAACGUGGUGUCGAGAUUGAUCACGAAGCGCUUGAGAACCUGCCUUCUCGGCCCAAUACUCCCCCUGUUCCGGGCAUGACCCCUGAGGAUUACGCUGAGGUUCGAGAGCGUCUUCGAAAUGUUGCCGGCGAGCCUUCUACUUUGAGGCACUCUUCUUCUAGGCCGUCUGGUGCUGGACACUCGUCUUCAAAGCAUUCUUCUUCGAAGCACCACUCUUCGUCUAGGCACUCCUCUUCCAAGCAUUCUUCCUCAAAGCAUGGCUCUUCUUCAAAGCAUGACUCUUCCUCGAAGCAUGGCUCUUCCUCGAAGCAUGGCUCUUCUUCAAGGCACGAGUCUUCUUCAAAGCAUGGCUCUUCUUCAAGGCAUGGCACUUCUUCCUCUUCGAAGCAUUCUGGAUCCAGGUCUGACAAGAGCAGCUCUCACGGCCACAGGGGCUCGUCUUCUCGCCACUGA